AAUGCCAUCUGCUGUGUCCGAGUUGUACCAAUACACCCACGUCCCAGAGACGGAGGAAAACCUCGAUUGGGCUGACCUUCCCACCAUCGAUCUUGCCAAGUAUGGAACACCUGAGGGCAACAAGGAGCUUGCCGAGACAUUGAUCGAGGCAAUUCGCACCAAGGGGUUUUUCUAUGUCGUAAACUACGGCAUCUCGCAAGAGACAGUUGAUACGCAGUUUGCUCUUGGCCAGAAGUUUUACGAGCUACCCCUGGACGAGAAACUCAAGUACGAGCCGAAUUUGGACUCUGGAGACUACAAUGGAUACCGUCCCGCUGGUCGGCGAUUUUUGAGCGGUGGUCUCAAGGAUAAGACGGAAGUUUGGAACAUGGCCACCCGCGCUGGACACAUUACGCAACCUCUGCCCAAGCUAUUGGAAGAUCGCAAGGAAGAGAUUGAAGGAUUUGCAAAGGAUCUGCAUGAUAAGGUGCUGGGCCCCUUGAACCACCUGAUCGCUCUGGCUUUGGAGCUGCCCGAGGACUUCUUCACGCGUGUGCACAAGUGGGAGACUCAUGAUGAGUCCCACCUGCGUUACAUGAAGUAUUCCAAGUUCACCUCGGAAGAAAUUAAACAGCUCGAGGAUGGCUUGUGGUCUCGUGGUCACACUGACUUGGGAACGAUUACACUGCUAUUCCGUCAACCUGUUGCUGCUUUGCAAAUUAGAGACCACGCGACCGGCGACUGGAAGUGGGCCAAGCCGCUGGAUGGUAGUUUGACCGUCAACACUUGCGAUGCCCUCAGCUUCCUCACGGGCGGUUACGUCAAGUCCACAGUUCAUCGGGUAUCCGUGCCGCCCAAGGACCAGCGCCAUGUCGAUCGCCUGGGCUUGUUGUACUUUGCCCGCCCUCAAAACGAGCUCGUACUCAAGACGAUUGACUCGCCAGUGCUGAAGCGCGAAGGCUUCACGCAGAACGAGUUCGAGGCGGGAGGCCACCCGGUGCCGACCAUGGGAGAGUUCACCACCCUCAAGCAGACUUGGCAGCAAAGGAAAGGGGUCAGCUACCAGAAUUCUGAAGGACAGGAGAUCCUCCCGGGAUUCAAGGGCCAAUACUUCAAGUAGGACAGGCGGGCUAUCUUAACCGCCACAUAUCUCGUAAACACCAAGUUUGAAUAAGUGUUUCUGGAUGAAAAGGAAACCUGUGAUGGUGGCGGUGACAGAACGGGCACGCUCUGUAUUGUGGUGAUCAAUAUGAGGUUCAUCCUUUAGCAAACCUUUACCCACCCACGCCACCUUACCAUGUACUACCUGGACUGACAAAGAAAUUAUCCAAUUCAAUUCACCUAGCAACACGGAUGCAAUGUCAGCUGAG